UGCCCCUCAUCUGCCCCAGCCGCCGGAGGAGCUGGGACUGCCCGCAGCUCUGCAGGACAAGGGAGAAGCCCAUUUGCUCCUAGAAAUGGGCAGGAAGGACUUCAAUUAUCUUUUCCUCACCAUUUGCUGCACAAUGGCUCUGAAGCUGAGCUGUGUCAGCUCCGUGUCUGUGGCAGGGCUGGGAUAUGUUGUUACAGCAGCUCUUGUGCUCUCAGCUGUGCCUGUCAGCAUGGUGGAGCACGCCGAGUUUCUGAAGGCUGGGAAGGAACCCGGCCUUCAGAUCUGGAGGGUGGAGAAAUUUGAUUUGGUCCCAGUGCCAAAGAACCUCUAUGGAGAUUUCUUCACCGGGGAUUCCUACCUGGUGCUGAACACCAUCAAGCAGCGCAGCGGGAACCUCCAGUACGACCUGCACUUCUGGCUGGGUGAUGAAAGCUCUCAGGAUGAGCGUGGGGCUGCUGCCAUCUUCACUGUGCAGAUGGACGAGCACCUGCAGGGGAAGGCAGUGCAGCACCGCGAGGUGCAGGGCCACGAGUCCCCCACCUUCCUGGGCUACUUCAAAUCUGGCAUCAAAUACAAGGCUGGUGGUGUGGCUUCUGGCUUCAGGCACGUGGUUCCCAACGAGGUCACUGUGCAGAGGCUGCUGCAGGUCAAGGGCAGGCGGACAGUCCGGGCCACGGAGGUGCCUGUGAGCUGGGACAGCUUCAACACAGGGGACUGCUUCAUCCUGGACCUGGGCAGUAACAUCUUCCAGUGGUGUGGCUCCCAGAGCAACCGGCAGGAGCGGCUGAAGGCCACGGUGCUGGCCAAGGGGAUCCGGGACAACGAGCGCAACGGCCGCGCCAAGGUCUACGUGUCAGAGGAGGGAUCCGAGCGCGAGGAAAUGCUCCAGGUUCUGGGACCAAAGCCCAAUUUGCCAGCAGGAGCUUCUGAUGAGACCAAAACCGACACAGCCAACAGGAAGCUGGCUAAGCUGUACAAGGUGUCCAAUGGGGCUGGGAACAUGGCAGUGUCCCUGGUGGCAGAUGAGAACCCCUUCUCCCAGGCAGCCCUGAGCACAGAUGACUGCUUCAUCCUGGACCAUGGCACAGAUGGGAAGAUCUUUGUUUGGAAAGGCAAAGGUGCCAACUCUGAAGAGAAGAAGGCAGCACUGAAAACAGCCUCAGAGUUCAUUGACAAGAUGGGUUAUCCCAAACACACCCAGAUCCAAGUCCUCCCUGAGAGUGGAGAGACACCUUUGUUCAAGCAAUUCUUCAAGAACUGGCGGGACAAGGACCAGACAGAAGGGCUGGGGCAGCCUCACGUGUCUGGCCACGUUGCCAAGAUCGAGCAGGUCCCUUUCGAUGCUGCCACCCUGCACAGCUCCAAGGCCAUGGCUGCCCAGCACGGCAUGGAGGAUGAUGGCUCUGGCAAGAAGCAGAUCUGGAGAAUAGAAGGCUCCGAGAAGGUGCCGGUGGACCCCGCCACGUACGGGCAGUUCUACGGCGGGGACAGCUACAUCAUCCUGUACGAUUACCAGCACGACGGGAAGCGAGGACAGAUCAUCUACACCUGGCAGGGCGCCGACUCCACGCAGGAUGAGAUUGCAACCUCUGCAUUCCUCACAGUACAGCUGGAUGAGGAGCUGGGAGGCACCCCUGUGCAGAAACGAGUAGUGCAAGGGAAAGAGCCCCCUCACCUGAUGAGCAUGUUUGGUGGAAAGCCCUUGGUUGUUUACAAGGGUGGAACCUCGAGGGAAGGAGGCCAGACUGCUCCUGCGGCAACGCGGCUGUUCCAGGUGCGCUCCAGCACCUCCGGAGCCACCAGAGCAGUGGAGCUGGAUCCUACAGCCAGUCAACUGAACUCCAAUGAUGCCUUUGUCCUGAAAACUCCCUCUGCUGCCUACCUGUGGGUUGGCCAAGGAGCCAGCAACGCUGAGAAAUCAGGAGCACAGGAGCUGCUGAAGAUUCUGGGAGCUCGCCCAGUACAGGUUGCUGAGGGCAAAGAGCCAGACAAUUUCUGGGCAGCCCUGGGUGGCAAAGCUCCGUACCGCACCUCGCCCCGCCUCAAGGACAAGAAGAUGGACACGCACCCCCCGCGCCUCUUCGCGUGCUCCAACAAGAGCGGCCGCUUCACCAUUGAAGAAGUUCCUGGAGAUCUGACUCAGGAUGACCUUGCCACAGAUGAUGUGAUGCUCCUGGACACAUGGGAUCAGGUCUUUGUAUGGAUUGGGAAAGAUGCCCAGGAAGAAGAAAAGACUGAGGCACUGAAGUCUGCCAAGCGCUACAUUGACACAGACCCCUCCACGCGGGACAAGAGGACCCCGGUGACCAUUGUCAAGCAGGGCUUUGAGCCUCCCACCUUCUCUGGCUGGUUCCUGGGCUGGGAUGAUGACUACUGGGCUGUGGAUCCCCUGCAGAGAGCAAUGGCAGAUGUGGAUGUGUGAGCAAUGUUUGAAACAGAGCAAGUUCAGUGCCUUCAGUGCCUUCAAGAGCUCCUUCCUCCUGCAGGAUGUAUGUUAACGAGGGAAUGAUGUUAAUAGCCAAUUAGCUGUGCAAUAAUUUCCGAAAACAAUCAUGACCAGUCAUUGACCCUACUCAUUGCUUUGAUUAUAUUUAAUACAAUAAAGCUUGUACGAAAUAUGGGAAGAACAGAAAUGGUGGGGUUUGUUAUGAAGAAGAAAACAUUAAAGAGCAGCUGUAGAUCCCAUGUUUGAACACACCUUAGAAACCAAAACCUUCUUUGUGCCACCUUUUGCACAUGGACUUUUUAGUAAAAUGUUACAGAAAUUA